GCCCGAGCCUUCCAAUCCGAACCCCGCUUCGCUUCCGCUUCCGCCCGCGGUUUUCACUCCUCCUCAAACCGCGCAACUUACACCGCCCGCCGGUUUCCCCGAAACGUCUCGCGAGGACUUGUAUAUAUCCUAGCCGCGUGUCCGUCGCUCCCGGGAGGCGAUCACCAGCUCAUCGUCCACUCGACACCACUCGCUACGACCUCACACCAGGGUUCCGGAGUCUGAGGAGGAGAAGGGAACCAGGGAAAGGAUUCAAGAAAUGGCUGCUGACGCGGCCGGGAAGAGUGGGACGCGGUGCGAGCUCUGCGGGGGCGUGGCCGCCGUGCACUGCGCCGCCGACUCGGCGUUCCUCUGCCUGCGCUGCGACGCCAAGGUGCACGGCGCCAACUUCCUGGCCUCCAGGCACCUCCGCCGCCGCCUGGGCGCGGCCGCGGGAGCCGAGUCCGCGUCGAGCAGCUCCUGCGUGUCCACGGCGGACUCCGCGGAGUCGACCGCGGCGCCGGCGCCGGCGAAGGCGGCGGCCGGGAGGGGGCGGGAGCGGCGGCCGCGCGCGGAGGCGGUGCUCGAGGGUUGGGCCAAGCGGAUGGGCUUCGCGGCCGGUGCCGCGCGCCGGCGUGCGGCCGCGGCCGCGGGUGCGCUCCGGGCGCUGGGCCGGGGCGUGGCCGCCGCGCGCGUCCCGCUCCGUGUCGCGAUGGCCGCCGCGCUCUGGUCGGAGAUUGCCUCCGCCGGAGCCGUCUUCGGCGGGGAGGCCGCGCUGCUCGGGCGGCUCGAGGCCGCCGCACACGUGCCGGCGAGGCUGGUUCUCACCGUCGCGUCAAGGAUUGCGCGCGCCGCGAGCCAGCCAUCGUCCGAGGACGCCGAGGAGGGCUGGGCCGAGUGCUCCUGAUCCAGACCGGCCCACGGCUGCCGCGGGCCCAGUGCUCAUUCACUGCUGUGCACGAGCUGAACCAGUACCAAGUCUGGAGAUACUAGAAUGGAACAUGUGGGCAACGUUUGUUUGUUCUUUUCGUCCCUAAUUAGCUAGAUUAACUAUCAGGUUGCAAAAAUCUUGUGGCAAAUGGAUGGAACAUGGGAGUAUGAGGUGGCUGCCUCUAGCCCUUUUGUGAUUAACUAAUUAGGUCAUAUUUUUUUUAUUUGGAUUAUAGAUUGUAAUCUUAAAAGUAAAAGCAAGAAUAAACAAUCAUAAUCUAAAGCUGAUUAUCAUCA